UACUUUUUCAGAAUCACUUUUUUCUCAAACACUAUCAACUUUUACUAUUAAUCACCUUUCCCAAAAUCAUUUUAAAAAAUCACUUUUAAGCAAUUGCAAACAAGCAUCGUGUAGAAUCCAAAUAACCCUAGCUCACUCAUCGUUUCUUAGGGAGAGAAGCUUGAAGCCGCCGCAACGUACUUACGUUCGACAUACCAGAUGGUCUUCACCAUCCGCGGCCUCAACCUGGUCAAGGAGAGCGAUUACAAGCUCCUCCUCAACGGCGGCUAUGUCCACUACGGCCUCUUGAUGUCUGCGAAGUGGUUGUUGAACAAAGAGUCCGAGACUCUGAUCUGAGGAAGCUUUGGGAGGAGAACGGUAGGAGCCGUAAGAUGAUUUUCGCUGGUUAUUCCUUGAGAUCCGGCGUCGCGUCGCUGCUCACGAUGAUUCUCGUCAAUCACAGGGAUGAAUUCGGCGGUGCCAGCUCGGUGGAUGUCUCUCAACUUGGCCGUCAAGUAUGCCGACGUCAUACACUUUGUCGUGCUGCAGGCCUGUCUUUGAUCUCUCUGCUGCUUUUGAUGGAUGAUUGUUUACCGAGAACUGCCACUCCAUUGGAAGAUAUCUUCAAAUCCUUAUUCUGGUGGCGACAUUCAUUUACCAUUAUCCAUUAUGGGAUGCUAAGACUGGAAGGAGCGCAAGGAAUGAUCAUAGUGGCUGGUAAAAAGUUGGAACCAUUUAAAUACGAUUACGAAAGAAGCAUUCUACGGGAGGAUUGGUACCACAAGGGAUAUCUUGAACAAGCUGCUGGCCUUCUUUCCUCACCCUUAGCUUCCAAUGGGUUGGAGAGCCUCAGGUAUACUACAUAUAGCUAUUUUUCAUUUUACUAGCAACGGGAGGAUGUUCAUUUUUUCUUAAUUUUUGUAGUGUUAAUUUUUUAUUUUCCCAAUUUAGCCCACCUUAUUAUAUUGGCCUUACUAAACAAAGUACAAAAAACAAAAUACUGAUCUUUUUCUAAAAUUUCAAACAAUGCGACCAUAAUCAUAAUUAAACUCUGCAGUGUAAAGUAACUCCGAUCAAAGUGAUUCCGACGACAAUGACUCCACAGCCACAAUGACUCCAUCGCCACAGUGACUACGCCACCACAGUGACUCCGCCCCGCCCCGUCCAGUGACUGCAGUCGCCCCGUCCAGUGACUGCAGUCGCCCCGAUCAAUGAUUGCCGCCGCCACUCAUUAGUGACUACCGCCGCCUCUCGUUUGUGACUGUCGCCACCUCCGGCUAGUGACCGUCAACACAAGCGCAACUGUUCACCACCACCACCAGCGCCACCACCGACCAUUGCUGUCGUCCACCAUCGUCAAUGACCUGCCGCUACCCUAUAGUGACCGACCGGAAACAUCACCCUUACACAUCUCCUGCGACAACCACCGUCCAACGCCGCCAGCAAUCAAUCAACCACCUCCGCCAUCCGCCAUUUUUCAUCUCUUUAUCCGCCCCCACCGCCAACACCACUAUUGCUGUUCGCUACCCAGCCCAAGCCACCAAUGCAUGCUCCAUCAUCCCCUAACCCUCAACCAUCACAACCUCCGACCAUCGACACCCUUGAAAACCCACCGUUGCCCUUGGCCUACACCUAGCCGUACACACUAGCUCCCAAACCCCCUCCCCUGCUCUACUACCCGGCCUUUACACCACCCCACUCCAGCAGCUCCAUUUAUGAAUAGCCCAGCCCCGACUCACCCCUUCCCAGGCCUACCUUCAACAACCCAGCCCAACUUUGACCACCUGGUACCUCAGCCUAGCCACCACCAUUCCCAGAUCUGGUUUGGUCAUUUUCUAAUCACCAUCUCAGAUAUGGUAAUCCAUCCAGAUCUCCAGUCUAGCCUAUCUCCUAAGGGUCUCCAUCCCUGCUGCGAGACAGAAUGGGAUGAAAACGAAGUCUGGCGUCAGAACUUCUAUGGUGCCGUGCGACGAAGUUGUGGAGCUGCGAUGGCGAAGGUGUGAAUAUCUGGUGGCGGUGCAGGACACAAUUUCUGACAUGCGAUGCUUCGACGUUGGCGACUUGCUUCAAUGGAGAGGCGAUUGCUCGAGAUGGAGAUGGUGGUGACGCUCAAGAUGUUGGGGGGUUUGGCACAACCAUAAAGGUGCGUUGUGAAGAAAUGUGCAGGGAGAUGCGGAAGGGAAAAAGACACAAAUAGGACUAAAACAUAGGCAUGUGAAGCAAAUAAGGAUGUUUUCUUUUGGACUGUUUUCAGUCCUAGAUUUAACCGGACUAGAUCAGAUCAGACCAGAUCAGACUUCCGUAGUUAUAAAAUACACAAAGACCAAACGUUUACCAGAACAGAUCGGACCAGUUCAGACGAGCAAAUUUCAGCCGAAUAGAAAACAUCUUAAGACCCCAAACAUUUUAACUCGGGUAUAGGACUAAUUUUAGAUUAAAAGGACAAAAAUAGCCUCACUGAUAUCGCUUGAAGCUAUGUACGUUGCUGUAGCAUACGCGGCCAUUCACUCCAAAGCCGCAUGUACCGCUGCAAGUAGAAACUUCUGGAAUCCAUGGAAUAGACUCUGCCAUCAGACCUUCGCUGCUGCUAGAUUCCACCAUCGGCCCUUCGCCACCGGACCCCGCUAUCAUACUUCCGAACUCCAUCACAGAUCCUUCACCACUGGUCUCUGUCCUCAGACCUCCCUCACCACACCUUACCACCAGACAUCAGUUAUAUAUCAUACUACCGGCAACCGCCGCCGCUGAACGGCUGCGCUAUCGGCUUCUCUGCAAUUGGUAUUGCAAUUAUUGAUGAAGAAAGAGGUGCGAAAUCAUUCCAGAUUUGCUAAAAAAAUCAUGCCGUUGUUGAUACAAGAAGUUGAUUUGGGUUCAAAAUACUGGCACACGAGAGUUUGAAUAAAGAUAAGAUCAUUAUGUCGAGAUUAUUCUUGAAUCUUGGGAGUUAGUGGGAGUAUUUGCCCAGACACUUGUUUGAUUCUUCUUUUAAACGCAUCUCUAAUGCUAAGCUUUCAACAUUGAUAAAAUUGUGACGCAUGGCGUUAAACGUAUGGAAUGUUAUACCACAUAAGGUGCAUGUGAAAAGAUGAAAAGUUAAACUUCUCAAACGGCAAACGGUACACAAAGCACACUGUUGACAAUGGAUUGUUUCAUACGUGUGUAUCAUUUAUUUAAUAAAAAUCAAAUGAAUUUAAUUGCAAAGGAAAAGUUCCUCAAUUGCAAAAUAUAAAACUGAAGUGGAGCUAGGUCUACACAAAAGUUGUACACAAAAUUUGUACACUUGUCUGUCCCCCGCAAACAAAUUGUCUGUCGGAGACGAAUUGUCUGAUGGCAGAGUCUAUUCCAUGGAUUAUACAAGAAGUUGGUACCACUUGGUACACUUUCGUCAAUCGAUAUUAAAGCUAAAUCAUCCUUAUUAAUAAUGAAUUCGGUUUUAAUGAUUAAAAUUUAGAUAUUUAUUAAUAUUUGCUACCAUAAUGUAUGUGGAUACAUGUGCAUUUAAUUUAGAGUUUCACUCCAUGCAUCACCAUUAAUGUAUUUUUUCACAUCAUGCACACAACAUUUACACAUUUACACAUCAACCAGUUCGUGAUAUAUUUGUCGGAAGUGCCAAUAGCGGCCUGUAGCGGGCGGCGUAGUAGGAAUUUUCUGUUAUUUGAAAUUCACACCCCGAUAGCGGCCCGUAGGCCGUAGCAGCAGCGGUACCUACCGCGAACGCUAUAUAGCGGCUGCUAUAGCGGUAGCGCCCCGCUAUUUAAAACACUGGUGAGAAGCAGCGAUGAACGGAUGCGAGGAGGUGAGAAGCAGCAAAGAAGAUAGAUUAAAGCUCAAUCACCGGAGGUGAAACCUCAAGUUUGGCGAUGGGCCGAUGGCACUUGCCUGAACUCUGGUGCAAACAUUUGAGCGGAUGGUCCAGGCUGGAAGAUGAAGAACAAAAGGUUGGGUCCAUUUAUUAGAGCAUUUCCAGUCAUGCUACUAAAUUUUACGGUUUUUUAUGACUUAUUAUUACCACGUCAUUCCACAUAAGGAAAUCUCAAAUAAUCUAUAAAUUGAUUAAUUUUUCCUCAACCAUAAUUUUAAUUUAUCUAGAUUUUUUAUGAGAAAUACAUUCAAUUUUAAAGUGAGAAGCAGCAAAGAAGACAGAUUAAAGCUCAAUCACCGGAGGUGAAACCUCAAGUUUGGCGAUGGGCCGAUGGCACUUGCCUGAACUCUGGUGCAAACAUUUGAGCGGAUGGUCCAGGCUGGAAGAUGAAGAACAAAAGAGAAUAAGAAUGAAGAGCAUGAAAUGGGAGCAUACCGGAAUAGUUCUCCCCCCCAGCUAGUUCAUGGCACUGUCCCUAGUGCCCGCCCGCAUCUCCUCCGUCAAAGUAGCCUCCAUAGCCUCCAUAGCUAGUUCAUGGCACUCUCGGAUGAGUUGGGUGAGAAAUUUCUUGUGAUGAGCCGUAGAGGUGAAUUCGAUGCCUUCAUACCCGAGAACUUGCGGAAUUGGAGCACUUGAGUUGGAGGAAGAUGCUCUAGUUCUCUUUGGUGCCAUAGUUGCCCUUUUGCUUGAACUUAGUUUAGGAAUUUCGGACUUGGCUUGGAGGGUUUUAAAAAAAAAUUCGGAUUUUUCGGUUUUGGGUGUUUUUGAGGGUGUGGAGAUAUAGAGAAUGAUGGAAAGAACAUGAAAUUGGGUUUUCUUUGGAUUAAUUUGAGCAAAAAUCGGACCUUGGAGAGUUUGGGUAGGGUUUUCGGAUUUUGGGGUUGAGGGGGAUUUGAUGGUUGUGUUUGGUGUAGAAUUGGAGAGGGUGAUGUGGGGAAGAAGAUUAUGGUGUUAAUUUUGGUUUUUAAAGGAAGAAAAGGGGCGGAUUCGAAGCUUGGAGACUCAACAAUGGAGGUUUUAGGAAUGAGCUCUCAACAUUUGGGGAAGAAGAUGAAGGUUUGGGGCUGAUUUGGGGUUAAAAUGCCCGUAUACCCGGCCGGGUUUUCGUUUUCGCUGAGGCAGAAGAAGUUUUGCACGAAUACCCGGCCGGGUAUUGGUUUUACCCGAAUGGGUUUUUCGUUUCUGCUUAAGCAGAGGCAGUUUUGCCCGUUUACCCGGUCGGGUUUUAUAGUUUACCCGGCCGGGUUUUUGCCCAGGCAUGAAAAAAAACAUUUUUUUUUUUUUCACACACCCUUCUUUAAAUCAAAAAAAUGAUAUAGAAAACAUACCUUGCUUGGGUUGCCUCCCAAGAAGCGCUUUAUUUAACGUCGUGGCUCGACGUUAUCAUUGUGUUCAGUCAUUCAAACUUGGAUCGUGAUAAUUAAUUUUCUUCAAAUUUUCACUCCUAGGACCUCCAUAGGAGUGCUCAAUUUCUCGACUCUCCACUUUGGAAAUCUUUCCAGGAUCAAAUAUCCAGAUUUUCAUUGAUUUAUGUGGUGGGAGGAAGGGGAAGAAAUUAUCAUGUAGUAUGGUCAAUGAAAAGUUUUUCGAUCCCUCAAUUUUGAAGGAGAUUUCAGAAAUGUCAUUUUCCAUUUCAAGUUUACGAGAUUCUCUUAAAGCUUCCAGAGAUGAUGGAGAUACCUCAAAGGAUGACAAUGACAAAAAUUUGAAUUUGAAGCUCAGCUUAUCCUCUUCAUUGACCAGUUGGAGCUCCGUGUCUUUUUCCUCCUCUACUUCUUCUGCAUUCUGGAUCUCCUUUUGCAUUGCCUUCUCAUUUGUCGAUGUGAUUGCAAAAGUUUGCUGUUUAGGAUCACAUUCUAUUUGAGAGGGAAGUUUCCCCGAAUCUCUUGCUUCAAGUCUAUUCACAGCUUCAACUAUUUGACUCAUUUGAGUUUCCAAGUUUAGAAUGCUAGACUUGGUCUCAUUUUGGAAUUCCACAAUGUUUUGUUGCAUGGUGGUCAUGUUGGUAGCAAGAGUCAGAAUAAUGUCUUCCGUGGACAUGUUAGAGGUCGAGAACGGGUCAUACCUCAUGUGAGGUUCCUUCCCUUGGAAACCAACAUCAUCAUCGAUUCGUUCGAAGUAUUCUUCUUGGAGCUUCGGGCAAAAAUCCGUAAGAUGCCUGUGAGACAUGCAAAUGUUGCAUGUCUCGACAUCUUGAGCUUUUGAGUUUAAUAUAAAUUCCUUUAUUAGAGAAGUCAAAGUGGAAAUUUGACUCUCUAAGGAUGUUAUAUUGGUAUCCAUAUUCUCAUAACUCAUGUAAGCUUAGAAAAUAGAAGAGUAAGAUUUUUUUUUUUUUUAUAAUUUUUAUUUUUAUUUUUUUUUUUGUUUUUGAUUUUUAUGAGAUAAAAUAAAAAGAAAAAUAAUUGCCUUUCCCCGGCAACGGCGCCAAAUUUGACGUGCACUUUGUCACGGUGCGUCAAAAUAAAUUCAAUACUAACAUUUAUACGUAGUAUAGCGUAGUAGAGUUCGUAUCCACAGGGAAAGGAAUAAUUCUCUUUUUAUAGAACUAGUAAAUAAAAGGGGGGUUUAGGAUUGAAUGAUUUAAUUUAAUUAAACAGAAAGAUGAACAACUUAAAUGUGAUUUAAUUCAAAGAUAAAAAGGACUUGGCAUUGCUACUUUCCACUUGCUGAUAUAUUUUAGUCGAUCAUUGUUAUAUCUAUAACUUAUCCCCUCUCAAAUACUCAAUCGAGGAGUAUAUUCAAUUUAUCGAGGGUAGUUAUUAACAACGACCGUUCAUUAAUAACCCUUACUAUUAGUCAAGUAUAGAACACCGCCAUAUACCGACUUGAUAGUAGCAUUUAAUCUCUUAACUCCUUGAUGAAAUCAAUUGAGAUUGAUAACCUCAACACAACAGUUUCGGUUUAACCAACAAAAUUAAUCCCUCUUAAGUUUAUUAACCACGACCGUGCAUUAAUAAACCGAAGUUACUUACUUGUGAAACCAUCAACGAUUAACCAUCGGUUCGUUGAACGUUUCUAGUAGUAAUUAAUGUUGAGAUGUUAACUAAUUGUCAUCUUAGCAACACUCCCC